CGUAAAUUUAUAGCAAUGGUGUCAGUGACGAUCUCCUCGUCAGGUUCACCUCCUGCUGUCGCGCUCAAGCUGCCCAUUACUGUCGUUCUCGGUGAAAAAACUCUAGAGAACGCGACGGUUGCGGACGUCAAGAAAGCUAUAGCUGCGCAGUUUCCCAAAUUUUAUCCUGAACGACAGAAGUUAUCUCUAAAAGGCGACAAGAAAGCACUCUCAGAUGAUGAUACGCUGGCGAAGAUUGGUUUUGAGACAGGAGGAGAGUUGAACGUUAAAGACUUGGGUCCGCAAGUCGGUUGGAGGACUGUGUUUUUGGUGGAAUACGUUGGACCAAUUAUUAUCCAUCCGCUGUUCUAUUACUUCCCCAAACUAUUUUACGAUGGCGACUUUCAGCAUAGUCUUCUGCAGAAGUAUUGCUUUGCGUUGGUUAUGUUCCAUUUCCUCAAGCGCGAAUACGAGACAAUCUUUGUCCAUCGCUUCUCUAAAUCGACUAUGCCGCUCCGGAAUAUAUUCAAAAAUUCAUUCCAUUAUCACGUCUUUGGCGGUGUUCUGCUUGCAUUUGCACUGUACCGACCAAAAUACUCUGCAUUCUCUCCAACUAUCCUAGGCUCGAAUCGUAAUGAUCUGUCUUUCCUUUGGCUUUGGACGGGAGUGUUCCUUUUCGCGGAGUUUUCCAACCUGAAGACUCACUCGACGCUACGUUCUUUACGACCUGAAGGCACUCGAAAGCGUGCUAUCCCGUACGGUUAUGGGUUCGACCUCGUAUCGUGCCCGAAUUAUUUCUUUGAGAGCCUUGCCUGGUUUGCGCUUUCCAUGAUGACUGGAAGUUAUGCUGCUUGGUUCUUUUUUGCGACUGGUACUGCACAGAUGACAGCCUGGGCUGUGAAGAAACACGAAGCGUAUAAAAAGGAGUUUGGUAACGAGUAUCCCAAAGGGAGGAAAGUUAUGUUCCCGUUCAUCUUCUAG